UUAGAUGGCGUAAGGAUAUUUUUCACUUAACAUGGAGCAGGAGCUGUUGUUCGAUCAAGGUUUCCGAAUAGAUGGACGAAAAGCCGAUGAACUAAGACAAGUUAAUUGUCGUUUGGGCGUUUUUGAUCAAGCCGAUGGUUCUGCAUACUUGGAGCAAGGAAAUACUAAAGUUCUCGCCGCCGUUUAUGGUCCUCAUGAGGUUAGAGGUAGUAAGUCCAAGGCACUUUACGACAGAGUGCUAUUAAAUUGUCAAUAUAGUAUGACAACUUUUAGUACAGGAGAAAGGAAGAAGAGACCUCGAGGUGAUAAAAAGUCUCAAGAGAUUAGCUUGCAACUUCGUCAAACGUUUGAAUCUGCUAUAUUGAUUAAACAGUUUCCCAAGUCACAAAUUGAUAUAUUUUUUGAGGUUCUUCAAGCUGAUGGUGGUAACUAUAGUGCCUGUGUUAAUGCUGGUACAUUAGCUCUAGCUGAUGCUGGAAUUCCUUUGAAAGAUUAUGUUUGCUCCUGCUCAGGAGGACUCAUUAAUGAUAAACCUAUUGUUGACAUCAAUUAUCAAGAAGAAAGUUUUGGAACACCUACAUUAAUUAUAGCCAUUCUCCCAAAAACUGAAGAGAUUGUUUUGGCAGAAUCUUUUGGGCGAUUGCAUAUUGAUUUACAGAAUAAAUUAAUGGAUCAAACAAUAAAAGGCUGUGUGAGUAUUUACGAAAUUAUGGAUGAAGCUUUGAGACAGCAUGUUAACAAAAUAAAUUGUAGAAUGAGAAAAGAUUAAAAUUCAUAAAAAUAAUUAAAAAACUCUCAGAUAAUCUUUAUAUACAAAAGUAUUUCAGGUUGUAUUAAUUAAUAAAAAUAAUUUUGGUGUUACUUUCAUGUUGGAAUGUG